AUGAUUCGCAAUGGUCCUUUGUCUGGAAAUUAUUGGGCAUUUCCUCCUCAUACAAUUUUUACCGAUUCGAACGGUAACUUCAUUAUUUGCGGCGGAACCACGGCUGCAUCCACCACUUGCCCGGCCAAUCACUACUGUUACUACGAUGGGACCACCUAUGGAUGCUGCCCCACACAAGGGAAGGGGAGUAAGAUCUUAGCUCAGGAAGGGAGGGCAGGUUUAGGCACGGGAUCCCGUCAGGUAUGCGCUCAAAGGGUUAUUGGAGAGGAUCGUGUUCAGCGUACACCUGCUCCCUGUCCUACAAAUCUGGUGCAUCGUGUGGUCCAGCUGUCACCCGAUGGUACUACGACUCGACCACAAGAACCUGCCAGACGUACUCGUUCAACGGAUGUGAUGGCAAUUCGAAUAACUUUGCCUACACAGCAGGAUUGCAAAGAUUACUGCCGUGUGGAGUCCUGCCCAGAUGGAGGAGAGGUG